GAACCAAUUUUUUUUUAUUAGUGUCUUUUUUUUAUCAACAAUGGACAAUGAUAAAAUCCGGUAUUAACAAACAAUAUAAUAAAAAAUAAUAGCUGCAAAAUUAUAAAUAAAUUAAUAAAGCAAAAAAAAAAAAUAAAAUGAAAUAUAAAUAAUAAUAUGAUAAUAAUAUUAUACUAAAGUGAUAUUUUUCCGCUUAAUUAAUUUAAUUUAAUAAAUGGGUAGUUUCGGGCAAAAUGAAUUUUUUAUUUAAAUUAUUUCUUGUGUUAAUAAUUAAUAAUUGUGAAUGUGAUGGAUAUAGAAUUUUGGCAAUUUUCCCCUAUAAUUCGCGAAGUCAUAAUAAUGUUUUCGAGGGUAUGACACGAGGUUUAGCUAAACGUGGUCAUCAAGUUGAUGUUGUUUCACAUUUUGAAAUGAUAAAUCCACCAAAACAUUAUCGGACAAUAAUUAGUUUGUCAGGUACGCGAAAUGAUGUUGUUAAUAAUUUUACAAUUGAAUUUGUCAAUGAACUAGGAAAUUUUGUUCCUAUAAUUUCACGAAUAUUUGGAAAUGAAAUAUGUGAAUUGCUUAAUCUCAAGGAGAUACAGAAAUUAAUUAAAACACCUCCAAACGAUCCACCUUAUGAUGUUCUCAUUACUCAGUCAUUUACAGCAAACUGUUUCUUAGGAAUAGGUUUUAUUUUAAAAAUUCCAGUGAUAACUGUGUCAGCAUCCUUGGAAUUUCCCUGGACCAGUUCUGCUAUUGGAAAUCCUGAUUCUAUUGCAUUUGCUCCAAAUGUAUUGAUGAAUUCAGCGGAAAUUUCAACAUUUUGGAAACGAAUGAAAAAUUUGAUAAUAAAUUAUCGAAGUGUGUUACAAUUUCGUACAAUCACCGAAGAAAUACAAACGGAAAUGAUGAGAAAAUAUUUGAAAUUCGAUAUGCCCGAUAUUCGUGAAACAAUGAAAAGCACUGCUCUUACAUUUGUUAAUUCAUUUCACAGUUUAUCGGGAAUUAGAAUUAGAAGUCCAGCUCUAAUUGACAUUGCCGGAAUACAUUUAGAGGAUGCUCCUUUAACAGUGUCAAAGGAACUAGGGGAUUGGUUGGAUGAGAGUAAAAAAGGUGUCGUUUACUUUUCAUUGGGUUCUUUAGUGGUAAUUGAGACACUUCCCAAAGAAACGCUUCUUGCGAUUUUCUCGUCUUUCAAAAAAAUUGCCCCUGUUAGAGUUGUGAUGAAAAUCGUCAAUAAAGAAAAACUUCCUUUCAGUCUACCCAGUAAUGUUUUAGUUUCAAAAUGGAUUCCUCAACUUCAAGUUUUAAAACACAAAAAUACAAAAUUAUUUAUCACACAUGGAGGUUUAAUGUCAACAUUAGAAGCAUUGUACUAUUGUGUUCCAUUAAUAGGAAUUCCAUUGUUUUAUGAUCAAUUUUUUAAUGUUGGUAUAUUGGUGAAAAAAAAUAUGGCAAUCGAAUUAGAUAUCAAUAAAUUAACUGAACAUUCUCUAGAUAAAGCUUUAACAGAAAUUCUAAACAAUCCGAUAUACAGGGAAUCGGCAAAAUACGAAUCUCGUCUAUUUCACGAUAGGCCAAUGAAUUCAACAGAAGCUGUGAAUUUCUGGGUGGAAUACGUGAUUAGAAAUGGACCAGAUUCUUUAAAAUCACCAGCAGUUAAUCUCUAUUGGUGGCAACAUAAUCUUCUCGACGUUUAUGGAUUUUUAAUAUUAUGCUGUUUUUUGCUAAUGUAUUUCCUUUUUAUUUUUUUAAAAUAUGUUUUACAUUUCAUUUUAAUUUAUAAUUUAUAAUUUUUAAUUUUAAUUUAUUGUUCUAUAUAGAAUAAAUAAUUUAUCACACGUU